AUGGCGUAUCAGUGGGCAUAUCGCUGGGGAGGCAGUGGGGUUCUAGUUCUUGAUCUUGGUGGCGGAGGUGGCGACUGUAUUCUCGGCCGUUUCUGGCCGUGGCGGAGGAGUGGUGGCUUCAGUAGCAUUUCGCCCGCAGGGUUUGCCUUCGGGGCUAUUGUGGAUGGUGGUGGCGGCGUUCUUGGCCAUUUCUUUUGCCGGCGAUAUGUCUGGACGGCCGGUGAGUCGGUGCGUCCUGUUGCUGUACUUGUGGCCGGUGGUGUCUCGGUGUUUGGUGGCCGGAGGUGUUGUUCCCACGUUUCAUCGUCACUGUCAGAGGGAUGGGUUUCGGCAGCCCUAGUUUCUCCACAUGAACGGUCCGCUGUGGCCUUCAUCUUGAUUCUUACCAUGGUGGUCUUGAAAUGUGUAGAGAAACAUAAGAGAUCUUUGUUCAUGGUUGGGGAGAUUGGAGGCAAUGAUUAUAACUAUGCUUUCUUUCAAGGCAAGAGUAUUGAUGAGUUGAAGUCCAUGGUAUAUGAUGUUGUUAAAGCUAUCAAAGAAGCUGUUAUGAGGGUUAUUGGAUUUAGUGCUGCUCGUGUUAUUGUUCUUGGGAAUUUUCCAAUCGGUUGCAUGCCCAUAUAUCUUAGUGGAUUUCACUCCAAUGAUUCUAGUGAAUAUGAUGAAUUUCAUUGCCUCAAAGGACUGAAUAACUUUGCAAUGUAUCACAAUGAGCAACUCCAGCAAGCAAUUAAAGAAUUGCAAGAAGAGAAUCCAAAAGUGAAUAUAGUAUAUGGGGAUUACUACAAUGCCUACAAGUGGAUUUUGAGUAAAGCUGCAUUGCUUGGUGAGUUUUUGAAGUCUGCAAAUUGUGGGUUUGAUCCAAAAUCACUGCAAAAGGCUUGUUGUGGGAGUGGAGGUGAUUAUGAUUUUAGUCUUAAUAGAAUGUGUGGGGCUCCUAACGUACCAGUUUGUCAUACACCUCAAGAACAUAUCAGUUGGGAUGGAGUACAUUCAACUGAAAAGGCCUAUUUCUUCAUGGCUCGAUGGAUCAUUCGCAACCUCUUCCAAAAGCUUAAGUGCAUAGCUUGA